AUUUUGAAUGAUCAGACCGGAACUGUACACCGGCUAUUGACUGCUAGGGUCCAGGCUCUUUUCAGCUCAGAGAGAACCGCAGAGAAGAUGGCGGCGUUACGUGUCGUGGUGCUAUCGGGGUCUGGGAGAGCUCUCCUUAGCACGGCGAAAACUAUCAAGACCCCCACGGCCAACAUGUCCUUUGCCAGCUUGUCCCGAAGCAAGAAGGUCGCCCUGUCGACGCUAGGUGUGGUCACAGCUGGCGGAGCGGGACUCGCUCUGAUGCUGCAUCAGUCAGUCAAAGCCUCUGAGUUGGAGCUCCACCCUCCUCAGUACCCCUGGAGCCAUGCUGGACCGCUGUCCUCCCUGGACCACGCUAGCAUUCGCCGUGGUUACCAGGUGUACAAGCAGGUGUGUGCAGCCUGCCACAGUAUGGAUUACCUGGCCUUCAGAAACUUAGUGGGAGUGUCGCACACAGAGGAUGAGGUCAAGGCUCUGGCUGAGGAGUUUGAGAUAGUGGACGGUCCUGAUGACAAAGGUGAGAUGUUCACGCGGCCCGGAAAGCUGUCGGACUACUUCCCAAAGCCUUACCCCAACCCUGAGGCAGCCCGCUACGCCAACAACGGAGCCCUGCCCCCUGACCUCAGCUACAUCGUCAACGCCAGACACGGUGGAGAGGACUACGUAUUCAGCCUGCUGACAGGUUACUGUGAGCCUCCAGCAGGAGUGACCAUAAGAGAAGGACUCUACUACAACCCAUACUUCCCUGGACAGGCCAUCGGCAUGGCCCCGCCCAUCUACAACGAGAUUCUGGAGUUUGACGACGGAACCCCUGCCACCAUGAGUCAGGUUGCUAAGGAUGUGUGUACUUUCCUGAGGUGGGCGUCCGAGCCGGAGCACGACCAACGCAAACGCAUGGGACUGAAGCUCCUGAUAGGCGCAGCCAUCCUCAUACCUCUGACCUACUACAUGAAGAGACACAAGUGGUCUGCGCUGAAGAGCAGAAAGAUUGCCUACAGGCCCCCCAAGUAAACAGAAACAAGCAAACCCCCCCCGAGCUGGGCCUAAAAACGUGAAGGCUGCGUUCAAUGACUCCUCAAUGCUCACCUCAUUACUAUCAAAAAGAAUCACAGUAACUGACAAACACACACACAUGCCUUUCUAAGAGGGGGUAGAGAACAAAGUAUAUAAACUAUGUUUAUUCCUACAGAAAAUGCCUUUAUUUUUAGUUGGUGGCAUGCCAGAACCAGUUAUGUGACGGAUUUUCCUGUAUCUGGAAUAUCACGGAGCAAUAUUGUGUCAGAGAUUUAUGGAGUUCUUGAACGCACCCUCCACAAACCUUGUUUGAUCUGCAGCGAGUCACUGAAUGCAGUUCAGGUCAUCAUCUUUUAUCGGACUCCGUCACAACUGAUUAAUUAGUUGAUCGACUAUCCAUCUCUGUAAGAUACUCACUAAUGAUGGAAGUGCUGAGAAAUGGUUGCCCUCUGAGUUCAUAACAUGUUGGUUCUAUGUAAAUCCAUCCUCCCCGUCCUCUCCACAAAGCAACCUCUGAAGCCCUGUUUUACUGUACAAAAUAAAUUAUCAUAAAGUAAA